GGAGGAGGAGGAGCAGGAGGAGCAGGAGGAGGAGGAGCAGCAGCCUUAGGCGGGAGCUGCCCACACUCAGUCCUGGGCUGGCCCAGGGGGCAUCUGGGCAGCACAGCGGGGCUGGGACUUCCCGGGAGAACUGCAGUGGGCAGGAGCCACCCUUCGGGGCAGGAGCCGCCCUUUGGGGCAGGAGCCGCCCUUCGGGGCAGGGGUAACUUGGCCCGCCUCUCCCUGCCAGAUCUGGCCUCCCUCCCCGCUGCAUGGAUCCCGAGAUCUCCCUUCUGGUCCAGUGCCCGCUGGGCGGGCUUGCCGAAGAGCGGGUGCGGGCAGAGUUGAGCCCAGCCUAUGACCGGCGCCCGCUGCCCGGAGGAGAGGACUCCAUCACUGAUGCUUGGGACGCCCGCCGCCGGGCCCAGCCCUGGCUCUUCAACGCUCCCAAGUUUCGGCUGCACUCGGCGGCCCUGGGGUCCCCCGAUCCCGGGGGGCCCCUCCUGACCCUGCGGCUGGGCCUCACCUCGUACCGGGACUUCCUAGGCACCAACUGGGCUAGUUCGGCAGGCAGGCUUCGGUGUCAAGGGAGCGCGGACUGGGGAGAUGCCCAGGCCUACUUGGCAGACCCCCUGGGAGUGGGCGCCAUGCUGGGCACCUCGGACGGUUUCUUGGUCUUUCUACGCCGCUCUCUGAGGGUGGCUGAGGCCCCCGGGCUGAUAGAUGUGCCGGGGGGACACCCCGAGCCUCAGGCCCUGUUUCCUGGGGAGACUCCCCGGCACAAAGAUCUGCCCGAGGAUCUGGUGGUUCGGGAGCUGUUCUCCUCCAUUCUGCAGGAGAUCCGGGAUGAGGUGAAUCUGCCACUGUCUACUCUGAGCCGUCCCCUCCUCCUGGGCAUUGCCCGCAACGAGACCAGCGCGGGAAGGGCCAGCGCAGAAUUCUAUGUCAGCUGUAGCCUGACCUCUGAGCAGGUGAGGACCCUCUACAUGACUGGAGGCCUGGAAGCCCACGAGUCCACAGGCAUCAUCUUCAUGGAAACACAGAGAGUCCGAGGCCUGCAGGAGGAAUCCGAAGCUUGGGGCGAGCUCUGCCCCUCGGCCAAGGGCGCCAUUUUGCUCUACAACCUGGUCCAGGCCAGGCCGGUGUGAGCAGGGACCCCUUCCUCAGCUCACACCCACCCUUCUGUCCUGGGCCGUCCAGACAAUAAAGGAUUUAUUUAUUCUUGGA